GCGGACUCCUGGCCAUGGAGGCGCGUUCGCGGGGCGCUGUGGACCCUAGGGGGAGCACAGGAGGCCGCAGCCUCCCUCCGCGGGCGGGCCCCAGCGCCCCGCAGUUCCUGGCGCGGCUGGACGCGCGACCCCUGGCGGCUAGAGCUGCAGCGGAUGUGGCCGCACUGGUUCGCAGGGCCGGCGCCACAUUGCGCCUGCGCCCCAAGGAAGGUGCCUGUGAGCUGGACCCUGCGGAUAUAGAGUUCACAGACAGUCACCUACCUCAUGCCUCUGUUGUGGGACACCGGCACAAGCAUCGUCACUCAGAGAUCAUGGGUACCAGUAAGAUGCUUCCCAGAGUGACCCAGGAUAAGGCACGUCGUGCUUCGAAACCAUCCCAGACUUCUGGUCAAUUUUAUGUGGAGUUGAUCCGAGGUCCCUCAGGCUUUGGCCUCACCUUUAGUGGGGGUCGAGAUGUAGCUGGGGACGUGCCGGUGACCGUGCGAGGGCUACUGGAGGAUAGCCCGGCACAGCGCUGUGGCCGGUUGCAGGCCGGCGACCUAGUGCUGCACAUCAAUGGGGAGUCCACGAAUGGUCUCACCAAGGCCCAAGUCAUGGAGCGGAUCCGCUCUGUGGGUCCCCGCCUACAUCUCGUGCUCUGCAGGCCUCUUGAUACCCAGAAAAGAGAUCUCAGACUGGAUCCUGGGCGCCCAGAGGUAACAAGGUCUUGCAGUGCUGGCGGUUCCCCACGUCAGCACCCUGAAUCCGGGACAAUGACUCAGAUCUGCGGCAGCCUGGAGUCCAGUUCAGAGGCGGCGGUGCAUCGUGCUGGGGGUUCGCCAACUGAACGCCCCAUGGAAGACCCUGGCAACCAUUCUCCCAGUUCCCCUGGACCUUGGCUGGUACCCUGCGAGGAACGGCUCUCACAGGCCCUCAGGGUCCCCGCCGGCAAGCAGCUGGCUCUGGCGAUGGCAACCGGAAGGCGGAGGCACUGAGCAAGCAUUGGAAGAAAGGUUGCUGCUCCCUUGCCACAGCCCCGCCCGCCGCGCCCUAGAGUGUCCAAGAGCGCCCGCGUCCUCUGGCACCCCCUCCUGCUGAGCAGUAGACCAGCCCGCGCGCCCCCUCGGAGUGUCAGUGGUACAGUCCUCCCAGACCGCCAGCCCUGGGCUUCGAGUCCAGGGCGGGGGGCGUAAUAAAAUGGUUCUAUCCAGUC